GUCCGUCCUCUCUAAGCUGCGCCACCGGUAGGAGAAACGGAGGCGAGGAGAGGAGAGGAGAGAAGAGAAGACAUGGAGGAUGGAGAGAGGGAGAUGAGAGGAGCAGGUGGAGAAAGAAGGACGGAGGGAGCAGGAGUAGGAGCAGAAGCAGCAGGAGGAGGAGGAGGAGGAGGAGGAGGAGGAGGAAGGGGGGGUGAAGAAAUCGAAAUGGACGAAGAGAAGACCGCCAUAGCCAGCUGCUAUGAGGGGAUCGUCAUAGCCAGCAAGGAUCAGAGAGACCAAGAGCUCUCUUGUCUGGGCCAAGCCAACGACCUUCUCAUGCGAUUCUGUGUUCUCCAGAGGCUUUACGCGGAAUUCGAGGAGGCCAAUACGCCGAGUCUGAGAGAGAAGAGAGCCAGAGGAGGUGGGUUUGGGAGAUCGUGGGAGGAAGACUCAGAUUCCGGAGAUCUCGAGCUCACACUGGAAGACGGCCAGUUCGAAGAAGAUACUCAGUCUGUCGAAACUUCUAGAAGAAGAAGAAGAAGAUUCGGUGAAAUCUUCGAGCAACGCGAUGGAGGGAAAGAGGAGGAGGAGGAGGAGGAGGAGGAGGAGGAAGAGAAGGAGGAGUUUGAUGAGCAGAAAGAGGGAGAGAGUGAGGAAGUCAAAGUCAACGCUCCUGCUGCUGACUAUGGUGAAACUCUGACAAAGUCAAAGUCAACGGAAAUCGAGCUUACGGAGGCUGCAGGUUGGGCAACCCCGAGUGCAAACCCGAGGUUAAGGGAGCGCGCCGCCUCCGCCGCCGCCGCUGCUGCUGUGCAGAUUUCCCGCGCUCCCAUGAAGAGUGUGUGCAGAAGGUCAAAAGUCAACGGGCAUUUUGACCACCAGCCCCCGACGAUCAACCAUCAUAUUUCUUCCCGAAGAGCGAUGGCAGCCCAGAGGGAGGGGGGUUUCCAGAGAGAGAGAGAGCUGACUCGUGUCAGCUACGCGCGCACGAUUGUCAUCCUGCUGGCCGCUUUCCUCGUCUACGUGGCAGCCUGGAAACUGGUGGAGGACCAAGAGAGGAGGUGCAACCUGGGUGGGGACACGUGGAGAUAGAGCGUUGACCAGGUUCAGGCAGCGCACAACGUUGACCAGUUUCUUGCAAAACAUGGAGAUGGGGCGUUGACCAGGUUCAGCCCGAAUGCAUCGUUGACCAGGUUCAGCCCGAAUGCAUCGUUGACCAGGUUCAGCCAGAAUGCAUCGUUGACCAGGUUCAGGCAGCGCACAACGUUGACCACUUUCGUGCAACACAUGGAGAUGGAGCGUUGACCAGGUUCAGUCAGAAUGCAUCGUUGAGUCGACGUUGACCAGGUUCAGGCAGCGUACAACGUUGACCAGGUUCUUGGGACGCGUGGAGAUGGAGUGAUGACCAGGUUCACCCCGCGUACAGCGUUGAGCGGGUUCAGCCAGCAGGCUGCUCGAACGAUAGCCGCAUAUUUGAGCAGGUUCAGCUUGGAGGUGGGUGGUAGACCAGGAGAGGACGUAGCCGGGAAAGGAGGGCUGGGUAAUCAAUACUAAUCAUUGCC